ACAGCAGUGCCGCGUGAAAAUUAAGGAGCUACGGCAAGCCUACCACAAAGCCAGAGAAGCAAAUGGAAGGUCCGGGGCAGAGCCGCAAACUUGCCGCUUCUACGUGGAGCUGCAUGCCAUUCUAGGGGGUGCAGCCACCACUACCCCAACCGUGUGCUAUGACUCCCUCACUGGAGAAACACACAGGGAAGAGGGUUCGGGGAACGAGGAAAAUCAGGAUGGAGGUAGCUCACAGCAGCAAGGAAGCGGAGAAACCGGUUUCCCCAACAGCCAGGAUAUGUUUGUCACCCUGGACCUGGAACCAGUAACCCCCGAACUCACCCAAGACCCUGAGGGCACACAGGGGACCUCUGCUGCAAAUGUUUCUCCUUCACAGAGGCUAAUGAACAUUAGAAAGAGAAAACGGAGGACGCGGGAUGAUAUGUUCACGGAGCUCCAGAUGUCCUCCCACGCUGAUAGAGCACAGCAGAAUGCGUGGAGGCAGUCAAUGUCAGACAUGAGAAAAGCACAAUAUGAACGAGAGGAGAGGUGGCGGGCUGAAUCGCGGGAUGAACAGAGCAAGUGGCGGGCUGAAGAUGAUAGGUGGCGUCAGCUUGCAGACAGAAGGCAAGAGUCAAUGCUCCGUCUGCUGGAGCAUCAAACUGAUAUGCUCGAGCGUAUGGUUGAGCUGCAGGAAAGGCAGCAGGAGCAGAGACCGCCACUACAGCCCCUGUGUAACCAACAGCCCUCCUUCCCAAUUUCCAUAGCCUCCUCACCCAGACGCCCAAGAACACGGUGGGGGGGCCUCCGGCCACCCAGUCACUCCACCCCAGAUGAUUGCCCAAGCAUCAGAAGGCUGGCCUUCAAUAAGAGUGUGUCCUUUUCCAUCCCUCCUCCCCCACCCAUCCCAGGCUACCUUGGCAAUUAUCCCCCUACUUGUAGAGAACUCCAGGAGCUUGUGCAGUAUCCUGUGGAGCACCCAGACAAAUUCCUCAAAUUCGGCAUGACUCCAUCCAAAGGGGUCCUGUUUUAUGGGCCACCUGGCUGUGGUAAGACACUGCUGGCUAAAGCCAUUGCCAACGAAUGCCAGGCCAACUUCAUCUACAUCAAGGGGCCAGAGCUUCUCACCAUGUGGUUUGGCGAGUCUGAAGCCAACGUGCGUGAGAUCUUUGACAAGGCCCGCCAAGCCGCGCCCUGCGUGCUCUUCUUUGAUGAGCUGGACUCCAUUGCAAAGGCUCGAGGUGGGAACAUCGGGGAUGGCGGUGGCGCCGCAGACCGUGUCAUUAACCAGAUUCUGACAGAGAUGGAUGGCAUGUCCACCAAGAAGAACGUCUUCAUCAUCGGUGCUACCAACAGGCCAGACAUCAUUGACCCGGCCAUCCUGCGUACUGGCCGCCUGGAUCAGCUCAUCUAUAUCCCCCUGCCUGAUGAGAAGUCACGAAUCGCCAUCCUCAAGGCCAACCUGAGGAAGUCCCCCGUUGCCAAGGAUGUGGACCUGGAGUUCCUGGCGAAGAUGACCAACGGCUUUUCGGGAGCUGACCUGACCGAGAUCUGCCAGCGUGCCUGCAAACUGGCCAUUCGCGAGUCCAUUGAGAACGAGAUCCGGCGAGAGCGCGAGAGGCAGACCAACCCUUCUGCCAUGGAGGUGGAGGAGGACGACCCAGUUCCAGAGAUCCGCAGGGAUCACUUUGAGGAGGCCAUGCGCUUUGCUCACCGCUCUGUCAGUGACAACGACAUCAGGAAAUACGAGAUGUUUGCACAGACUCUACAGCAAAGCCGCGGCUUCGGCAGCUUCAGAUUCCCGUCAGGUAACCAGGGUGGCGCUGGCCCGAGCAAAGGCCCAGGCAGUGGCAGCGGAGGGAACGUGUACAGCGAAGACAAUGACGACGAUCUCUAUGGUUAACUUGCUGCCCUCUGCGGACCAAACUCCAGACCAGGCCAUGUUGUGCAGGGAAAUUCCAACGUUCAAUGGACUCUCGGCUUCUUCAUUCCUCAGUCAGAACAGUGUAGCUGCACGUCAGACUUUGUACAGGGGUGUCUGUUGCAAACACAAUAAAUUACAAACCGGUGUCGUU